UUCCCUGAGACAUGUGGAUGCCGGAGCAUGGCCGAUAACGGUAACAUUGCCAAUUCCGCUCCGGGUGAAGCAGCCAGGCCGGUAGAGUCGUCUACAGUUGAGUCCAGGCCGCAGAACAGAGCCCUGUCUUGCCUGUUGCUGCCGUCAUUCUCGGAGGCUUGUAAGUUGGUGAGCGGCGCUUACUCAUGCCUUGUGCUGAGGACACACCGCAGACCCCUGGCUCUGUCUCCCCGGUACCUGAACAAGAAGAGGAGCGGGAUACAGGAGCACUUAAACGCUGAACUUCUCAAGUACAGCUCCAGAUUGGAAGGUGUUCCAGUCGCCUAUGAUAAUGUAAAAAUAGUUGGCGAGUUUGGAGACAUACAAGAUGAUGUUGGAUAUAUUCACCUCAAUAUUCAAGCUGACUUUGUCAUCUUCCAGCCACAAUCUGGAGAGAAACUUGUGGGUGUUGUCAAUAAAGUGGCUCCGAGUCAUAUUGGUUGUCUGGUGCAUGGCUGCUUCAAUGCCUCUAUACCAAGGCCCUUUAAGAUGCCAGUUGAAGCUUGGCAGCAUGUAGGAGUGAAUGUCGGAGAUCACAUAGAGUUUGAAGUUUUUCGAUUAGAUUCGGAUGCCGUGGGUGUCUUUUGCAUCCGUGGAAGGAUUGACAAGAAGAUGGAAAAUGAUGCCAUAGAAAAGUUAAAUGAGGCAACUAAGGAGCCAACAAAGGACAAUUCUUCCGAUACUGAAAAUGCUGCAGAAGACUGGGCAGACCCUGAGCAAAAAAUGAUCCCCGAAGAGACGCCAAAGAAAAAAGCCAAGAAAAGUGCCUUUAAGGAAACACUUCUACAAGAUGUUCCCGGAAACCCAGAGGUUUCAGGUGAGAUCAACGCAACCUUGGAAGAAAUACCUAAGAAAAAAUGUAAAAAGAGAAAAUACCAGGAAAUAAAUUCUCAGACUGACUUUGCUCAGGUUGAUACCUCCAUAGAGAAUAUUCCUGCAGUGAGCAGUGCUCUUGAAAGUUUAGACCAGUCGGUUGAUAAUAUUUCUCAUAAAGCACGGAAAAAGAAGAAACGACAUGAUAGCUUGCCUAGUGUCAAUAUUGACAAUACCAUCAGGGAUGAAGAAAUCCAUAUAUUGGCCUUUGACAAUGAAUCCUUGGUUUCUUCUAGUCGGGAACAGCCUAAAAAGAAAAAGAAACAUAAGGAUAAUUGUGAUCGAGGACUUAAUGAAAGUUUUCAGAAUGGAAUAGCAGAAGGGCCAUCCUUUAUAGAGGAUACUGCGUUGGAGGACAUGAAGGCAGAAGCUGAAAACUUGAAAAAGAAACACAAGAAAAAACACAAACAGUCUUCUUCCAUUGACGACUCCACUCUAGAAUCCCCUAACGGCGGAGAAGACUUUACAUCACAACAAUCUCUGCUCGAUGACCUCACAGUCCAUCAAGAGAUCCCAAAGCAAAAGAAACACAAGAAAGAACACAAACUGUCUUCUUCCAUUGAGGACUCCACUCUAGAAUCCCCUAACGGCCAAGACUUUACAUCACAACAAUCUCUGCUCGAUGACCUCACAAUCCAUCAAGAGGUCCCAAAGCAAAAGAAACACAAGAAAAAACACAAACUGUCUUCUUCCAUUGAGGACUCCACUCUAGAAUCCCCUAACGGCCAAGACUUUACAUCACAACAAUCUCUGCUCGAUGACCUCACAAUCCAUCAAGAGAUCCCAAAGCAAAAGAAACACAAAAGGAAACAUCUUGCUAAUGUGUUAGCUGAUAGUGAUUAUGGUGCUAGCUUGGCUGAGGACAGAAACGUGUUGCAUGCUGACAGCCAGCAGUUUGCAGAACCAAAAGCUAAAACGAAACGGAAAAAAUAAUUUUUUAGGUCUAUUUCAGAUUUAG